UGCUCAUUCACGCUGGCGAUACCUUCCUGCUGCUCUGAAGUUGUGGUGGAAGUUUACCUCAGGUCUAUCUAAUGAACUUAGUUCAUUUAAAAAGAGUGACAGAGAGAUGAGUGGACAGACGGUCCCUGCAGACUUCUCAGAACACAUGUUGGACCUGGACGAGGACGAAGACCUGGAGGUAUUCAGCAAGAAUACGUCCCUGGCAGAUGAGAGUCCCAUGCCCAACUCUCCCAGCUCCAUGGUCAACCAGUACAGAUUAGAGGAGGAUGAGGGGAGUGAGGAGGAGCAGGAUGCCCAAACCAAAGACAUCUUCAUCACAGUUGAUAACCCAGAGAGCCAUGUCACUGCCAUUGAAACCUUCAUCAUGUACAGAGUGGUUACCAAGACCACGCGGAGUGAGUUUGACUCCAGUGAGUACGAGGUAAAUCGGCGCUACCAGGACUUCCUGUGGCUCCGAAGCAGGCUGGAAGAAAACCACCCGACACUCAUUGUCCCAUGUAUUUACGGCUCACAGGAAACAGGGUCCGGUUUUCUGAGCAGGAUGGGGGAGCCGGUGAAGGCGAUGGCCAACUCUGUACGAGGCCUGAGGAGCCGGCCAGACGAGUUCACACAGAUGCAGGAGUAUGUGGAGGACUUCAAACAGAUCUGCUCAGUGGAUAAAGUCACACAGAGGGAUCAUCAAAGAAACAGAGAGUAUCUGGAUGAACUGAAACAGUACACCCCCACUUACACCCAGUGGGCGGAGUCAGAGGAGGAGCUGGCAGAGCCGCUGAAGGGUGUUGCCAGCUGUGUGGAGCGGUGUAGUAAGGACACAGAAGAGCACAUCAACCAUAUGUCUGACGCCCUUGUUCCCGCCCUGCACGAGUAUGUUCUCUGUGCUGAGACCGUGAAGGCUGUGAUGAGACGGAGAGACAACAUUCAGGCUGACUACGAAGCCAAGAACGAAGCCCUGGCAUCCCGAAAAGUUGACCAAGAAGCAUUGCAGGAGGAGGUGGAUGGCCUUGCAGACCGGGUAGAACAGGCCAACAACGCCUUGAAGGGAGACUGGUCCCGCUGGCAAGACAACAUGAGAACUGACCUCAAAUCAGCAUUUAUAUGCACUGCUGAGAAGAACGUGGAGUACUACGAGAAGUGCCUGGCUGUGUGGGAGUCAUUUCUUCUUUCUCAGAGACCAGAGCCAAAGGAAGAGAGAGAUAUGGAGGAUGCUGCUUGAAGGGUGGAGAUGAUUGCAACAUGGAGAUGCCUCCUCUUUCCUAACAUAAAGUACACCCCCUUUUGUCUUUUCAACACAGCCAAAUAUAGACUUCAAAUAAAUGCAAAUAUGCAUCAUGUGCAAAACAACAUGCUAUUUUUUGCUGUAUUUCUCACUCUUUCUUCUUUUUGUCUGGCCAAAGUAAUGAAUAACAUUCCAGCGAUGACUUUGCUUCACUAAAACCCACCCUGUGAUCCAAAUGCCCACAUAUCAUUGUUUUCAUGCCGCUGUGUGCAUUGCCAAAAAUUAUACAGGGACUCCUUGUGAUUUUUCUCUCUCCAUGGUUCUUGGAUAACAUUUAGUCUUUUUUGCUGCAUUUUUCAAAAUGCUGUGGACCUACAGUAUCGUAACCAAGACAACAAAUCUGAAGGUACCUGUUGGCUUUCCAUUCAGUGAGGCAGCCAGUGUGAAUGAAAGGAAUGCCAAUGUAUUUCAGGGUUAGUCAUCGUGACUUGGUUUUCAACCAGUCAGGACACAUUAUCUGUUAGUGUUAUUUGUUCUGACUGGAUUUUGGAAAAAUGGACACAGUGUUCAGAAAAAGUAGACGACUUCUUUGAGUUUAAACCAUGACACUAUAAUCCCAACAUUUACCAAAAACAACACCAUUUCAGACAUAACCACUAUUUUUUCCCCCUUAAACCUCAACCAAAUGCUUCCUUGGAGCUCAGGUACUGACACAGGUCCAGGGAAAUGCCUCUAUGGCGAAAUACUGAAAGGUCAUUCUUAUACUUGGUGAAUAAUAGUUAAGAAUAAUAAUCUUGGCUCUCGCUUACAGGCUUUUUCCAUUGAUAUUUGAUUGGAAGUUCUAAAAAAGCAAUUGAUGGUCGUUGGUUUCUUCGUUGCCAUCCUUUUCCUUCCUGUGACCACAAAAAAGUUCAAAGACCUUCUUUGUGAAAGGCUAUAGUCAAAGAUGUCUUGAAACAAAAUAUAAGCCUAACACAGAUGGAAAUAAAGGAAUAGCAGCUUCCCACAUGUCCUAUUUAAAGUGUUGUAGUAUGGGGAAAGCAAAAACAACCAGCUUAGACGACACCUAGAAAUUCUAGCGUCUUUGAUUUUUUGCCUUUAUUCUUUUCACAACUUUACAACAUAUUUCUUGACGAUAGCCAACAAACAAAGAGAGAGGAGAAAGGAAUUCAUAUUGUUUCAGUGAACUUGGAAAGAACAACAUAGGAACAGGAAUAUAUAACAAAUGAAUCCAGUCUGGGGCUGUGAUGGCAGCAGUACACUUCCUCAUAAAGCCAUGGUAGCAUAGAGAUACAUUUCAUGUCAGCGCUGUUAAUGACUAGAUUCAAUCAUGAAUUUGCAAACUUGUGACUGAAAGCCUUGUCAGGUCUUGUGUGUCAAGAAUGUUCUUAUUUUAUCACUGGCCUUGACCGAUUUACUCUGACUGUUCACCAAAAAAAGAAAAAAGAACCUUUCAUUAAAAAGAAUCCUAAGAAAUGCAUUCAGUAUCACACUAAGAUGACUACAUCCAAUGAAAUGAAUAACACACAACACUAUUGAUCUCCUCUCAGUGUGCAGAAAGACCUUAAAUGCCUUAAGAAUUUUGUCUGUUAUUUUUUUUGCCAAUGGAGAUUUCAAGUUUACAUCUGUAAUGUCUUUGUAACAGAAUUCUUAAUAAUCUUUUAUACUGAUGUAACCUUUUCUCUCAUCGUUGCUUUUAUCAGUUUUGACUAUUUAAAAAGAAAGUCUGAAUAAACUCAUUUUGAGAUUUUGACAUAACAAUAAAGAUGGAUCUCACACUUAA